AUGACUGGAAAAAUAUUUUCAUCAAUAAAUGAAGAACUUGCAUAUUAUAAAACCCAUGCUUCUAAUUUAGAGCAAACAUUACUUGAUACGCAGAGUUCUAUGGAAGAAUUCCAAUCUUCGUCAAGAGAAUUAGAAGAAGAACUUGAACGUGAAUUGGAACAAUCAGAAAGAAGAUAUGUUGAUAUAAAAGCAAAGAAUGAAAUGUUGAAAAAUGAAGUAGAUCAAUGGAAGCAAAAAUAUUACCAAGCUAGGUCUGAGGCCAAUGUCACACAACAACAAAUGCAAAGAGAACUUGAUAGUUUAAGAAAAGUUGAAAAGACAUAUGCUGUAAAAACUCGCGAGUUGGAACUUGACAAUGAUGAUUUAGAAAGAACAGAAAGAGCUGCAAAAAGUUCAUUGCAAGAUUUAGAAAACAAAUAUAAUAAAGCAAUAGAGCAUGGUGAAUAUGGCCCACCACCACCAUCAGCUUCUCAACUAUAUUCAAUACAUAAGACAGAAUUAUCACGCUCACCAUCACAUGUGUCUAUCGAUUCAAAUUCAUCUGAUGUUAGUCCAAAUCCGGUAAAAAUGGUACAAGAAAUGGUUGGCAGGGUCAAGAGUUUGGAAGCACGUUUAGUAUCAUGUCGUUCACUAGUUACACCUUUAUUAGCACCACCCCCAUCAUAUAGUACAACAAUGCCAUUACAAAAUGGUAUAAAUUCACCCCCAUUAUCACCAAAAAUUUCACGUUUUGAUUCACCUUACAUCACAUCUCUGAAAGAAAAAAGACGUAAUUCUGUUCAAAAAUCAAAAUUUAAUAUUUCACCUACUCCAACUAAAUUAAGCUCAUUUGGCAGGGUUUAA